AUGACUCCUCCCAUGGGUUGGAACACUUGGAAUAACUUUUAUUGCGAUAUCAACGAGACUAUAAUUAGAGAAUCAGCGGAUUCAUUGGUGUCUACUGGGUUUGCUAAACUUGAAUAUCGAUAUGUCAACAUAGAUGAUUGUUGGGUUGAGCAUGAUCGCGAUUCAACGGGUUAUAUGGUGCCGAAAAGGUUGACGUUUCCAUCAGGAAUCAAAGCUCUCGCGGAUUAUGUUCAUGGCAAGGGGCUUAAACUUGGUAUUUACUCGGACGCAGGGCAUCAAACAUGCAGCCAGACGAUGCCAGGUUCGCUUGGUCAUGAGCAGAAAGAUGCUGAAACGUUUGCUUCAUAG